AUGCCCUCCCUCCUCGAAGACCCCACCACCCACAUCCCCCCACCAACCCCCAACCCAUCAUCCCUCCCCCCCAUCUCCCGCACCCUCCGCGACAACACCCGCAUCACACUCUACCCCAUAACCACAGGGCCCGACUCCCUCCCCUCCUCUCUCCUCCACUACCUACACAAGGAAUUCUCCGAAGAGAUUCUCAAAGGAUGUACCUAUCCCAUGGAAUCGCCCCUCGAGUAUGACCUGUACCGGACGUAUUGGUUUGGGACGUUUGCAGUGGUUGCUGUUGUCGAUGACGGCGAAGGGGAUGGGUUGAGGGAGGGUAGGGAUUGGGAGAGGGUUUGUCUGGGGACGUUUUAUGUGAAGCCGAAUUAUCCGGGACGCUGCUCGCAUGUUUGUAAUGCCGGGUUCUUUACGACUCCCGCGGCGAGAAAUCGUGGUGUUGGGAGGGUUAUGGGUGAGGUUUAUUUGGAGGUGGCGCCGAAGUUGGGAUAUAAAUACUCCGUGUUUAACCUCGUCUUUGAGAAUAAUGUUGCUUCCGUCAAAAUCUGGGAGAAUCUGGGAUUCCAGGUCAUCGGUCGUGUGCCGGGUGCUGCGCGUCUGGCGAAUAGUCCUGAUCUCGUUGAUGCGCUUAUCAUUGGGAAAUCCUUGGUAUAA